AUGGCACGAACCUGGUUCAUUACUGGAUGCUCCUCCGGUUUUGGGAAAGCGAUUGCACAGGCUGCCCACGGCUUGGGUGACAAUGUCGUGGCAACUUCUCGUGAUGCAGCGAAAUUGGAAGAUUUGCGAAAGGCCGGAAUAUUCACCGUGUCACUAGAUGUUAACGCUCCUAAGCACAAUAUCGAAGCUGUGGUUGCUGAGGCCGUGAAAAAAUAUGGCACCAUAGACAUUCUUGUGAACAACGCUGGGUAUAUUCUGGAGGGUGGCAUUGAAGAAGUGAGUGACGAAGAGGCUAGAGCUCAUUUCGAUACAAAUGUUUUCGGUCAGAUUGCUGUCAGUCGAGCCGUUCUCCCUUACAUGCGUGGCCAGAAAUCCGGUGUUAUUGCCAACAUGGGCUCAAUCGCUGGAUGGCAGGGUGGCAUAAACUGUGGUUAUUACUGUGCAACAAAGUUUGCCAUUGCAGGCAUUUCGGAGGCUCUUCGUGCCGAAUGCGAGCCGCUGGGUAUUACAGUCACGGUCGUCGAGCCAGGCUACUUUCGUACUGAUUUCUUGUCUGGUGGACACAAGGUGUCCCCCAAGAACUCCAUUGAAGACUAUGUUCCGAUCAUCAAGCCUUAA